GAAAUUUUCACCACGUGUGAGCAAGUGUUACAAGACAACGCGACAACAAUCUCAAGAGAUUCAUCAUCAAUUCGCGUGUUCUCAACCGAGAUUAUUCCAAGUUGACUGGCUAUUUAGUUUGGAGAUACACAAAACGUGAAAAUGAAAUCGUUCUUGACAAUCGUGUGUCUAUCGAUGGCAGUGGUCGCUAUCAGCGGCCAGGAUAUCACCGAGUGCUUGCGACAGGACAGUAUCUCCUGCGUCCAGAAGAGCCUCUACAGGCAUGCCAAAAAUUUCUUCGGCAAAGACAACCUGGAGAUCGUUAACGGUCUCUCCUUGGUUAAGAGUGCAGACAGGGGCUCUAGAACUGGUAAUGAAGUGUUUUACGAUCAGGAGAUCGAAGCUGCAUCCAAUGUCGCUGACAGGCAGAGCGCACUCGAGAAUUUCGUUGGAGAAGAGGUCAGCGAUUUCCUGACUGGUCGCAGUUUGAGGAUCAACUUCGCCCCAGCUGUUCAGAAAAUGGGUGAGUCUGCACGCGCCAUGGUUGCCUCAGUUCCCCAGGAAGUGCAGCAGGCCGCUGAUGCCACCAGCGAGAUUUUUGAAGGUCGUGGAAAGAAGAAGCUCAUUAAGCAAAUCCUCCCUCUCCUGAUCGCCGCUAAAGUGAAAAUCGGUGUUCUGGCGACUCUCGCCUACUUCGGAAUUGCCCUUCUCGCCAAGAAGGCUCUGAUUGCCUCAGUGCUCUCCAUCAUCUUCUCGGCUUUCGUUGGACUGAGGUCACUGUGGUCUAAGGGCGCCUCCCACGACGUCACUGGAUACAAUGCUGGUGGCUGGAGCAAUGGUAACAGCGGUGGAUGGUCAGCACCUGCUUCAUCUGGUGGAUGGUCCAGCGGUGGUGGUUGGGAGGAUGGACACGCCGGAUACGCAUCUGCUCAGAGCCAGGCAUUCUCCGGCUAUCACCACUGAAAUCUAGCGCAAAAACACCAACAGCUGCCAAAUAAUUACACCUACGAUAAUAUUUAACGCUCCAUCGGCAUUCGUUGAAUCCAAGAUGAAGCCAAAUGUUCGCCUGGGCAUGUAGCGAAAUUCCCCGCAGUCCAUGGGGAUUUAUUUAUUUUUUUAUUUAUCGUUGUUUGUAAGAAUGGCCUUGACCAAUUAUCAAUGGCUCAAUGUAUAUAUAUUAUUAUAUAUAUUUGACAAUUUUUGUAUUUUUCUACAUGAAAACAAAUGUAUAUUUUAAGCAUCUGCCUCUCUCUGUCGACGACGCGCACUCCGCGCAUUUCACUCUGCCAACUUUUGUUAAAUAGUAAUUACUCUGUCAUUUUCUCUUCAUAGUUUUGUAACACUUGCGAAUUCACUUGUAAUUAAUCAAGGGAAUCACUUUUUCAUGUCUCUAGAUUCAUUAUGGAUGAAAAAGAAGAAUUGAAAUACAAAAUUUUCCAUUA